CACUCCCAAACAGCACGUAGUCUUGACGUGCAGGUGAGAUAUAAAAACAGAUGCUAACAUCAAACCGCCUUGACUCUCUGAUAAUCUGAGCUUUACAGGAUGAAGACGUUUGCGCUAGUGUUGCUUUGUAUUGGAGCCGCAGCUGGCGGCACCGCUCUGACGACAUGUGGCGGGGUCCUGAACGAGACUGCCGGCAGCAUCAGCCCUCCAUACGAUGACAACAUGGACUGUAUCUGGACCAUCAGCGCGCCUGCGGGCUACUUCAUUGAGGUGGAGUUCACAGCCUUUGACGUUGAGGAUGGCGGAUCGUCCUGCAGCUAUGACUAUGUUGCCGUGUACGACGGGCCAGACACCUCCUCGGAGCUGAUCGGUAAGUUCUGCGGCAGCAGCAUCCCGGCUCCCAUCCACUCCCACAGCGACAUCAUCACCGUCAGGUUCGUCACCGAUAGGAGCGUGACGGAGUCCGGCUUCACUCUGGUCUACACAACUACUGACGAGCACCCCAUCCACCCGUCUGGCUGUGGAGGUCCUGAGUCCCUGACUAAUGCCACCGGAACCUUCACCAGCAUGAACUACCCCAACAACUACGACAACAACGCGAGGUGCCAGUGGGAGAUCGAGGUGGAGGUUGGAAUGAGGAUCAACCUCAUCUUCACCGCCUUUGACCUGGAAGCAGAAAGGCUCUGUCCUGAGUAUAACGACUACGUGGAGAUCUUCGAGAACGACGUUGGUCUAGGUCGCCAUUGCGGCAGCAUACAGCUGCCCCCGAUCACUUCUACCUUCAACAGGCUGACGGUGGUGUUCUACAGCGACAGCAGCACCACCGCGACCGGCUUUUCAGCUCAGUACGCAGCCAUCCCUGGUCACAAGUUUGGAAAUGUCACAGUAACAUUACACAAGGCAGGAAAAGUAGCAGGUGCACUGGUUUACCUCCGGCUCCGGACGUGUCACUGUUUGCUUCCCCGGACAAACAGUACGUAUUAUUUGGACGUGCUGGGAUGGGUAUAUAUUACAUCUGCCAAACUCACAUAUACGUACACCACCUCACAUUUCUCUCAUCACCGUAAACUGAGCUCACUGUGUACGAUGAAGACUUUCGCGCUGGUAUUGAUCUGUUUGGGAGCCGCAGCUGCCCAGCUGUGCACUGUGAACCAGUUCCAGUGUGCCAACGGGAACUGCAUCCCGCUCCUCUGGGAGUGUGAUGACUACAACGACUGUGGAGACAAUAGCGACGAGCACAACUGCGGUGGUACCGGUGGCACCCAAUGCGGGAUAAACCAGUUCCAGUGCCUGAAUGGCGGCUGCAUUUACAGCAGCUGGGUCUGUGACGGUGACAACGACUGUGGCGACAUGAGUGACGAGCAGAACUGCAACGGCGGACCGGGGGGAUCCAACCCGCUGGCUGCGUGUGGCGGGAACUUGAACGAGACCUACGGCAGCAUCAGCCCUCCUUACAACGACAACCAGGACUGCAUCUGGACCAUUACCGCCCCCGUGGGACACUUCAUCGAACUGGAGUUCACAGCCUUUGAUCUCGAGGAUGGCGGAUCUUCCUGCAGCUAUGACUAUGUUGCCGUGUACGACGGCGCCGACACCAGCGCCCCGCUGGUCGGUAAGUACUGCGGCAACACCAUCCCGGGCCCGGUCCACUCGCACAGUAACGUGCUGACCGUCAGGUUCGUCACCGACAGAAGUGUCACCGAGACCGGCUUCAGGCUCAUCUACACCACCACUGACGAACAUCCUGUUCACCCCUCUGGCUGUGGCGGUCCCGAGCUGCUGACUGCUCCAACCGGCAACUUCAGCAGCAUGAACUACCCCAACAACUAUGACAACAACGCGCAGUGCCAGUGGGAGAUCGAGGUGGAGGUCGGCAUGAGGAUCAACCUCAUCUUCACCGCCUUUGACAUCGAACCAGAAAGACUCUGUCCUGUGUCCAACGACUAUGUGGAGGUCUUUGAGAACGACGUUUCUCUAGGUCGUCAUUGCGGCAACCUACAGCUGCCCCCGAUCACUUCUACCUUCAACACGCUGAAGGUGGUGUUCUACAGCGACAGCAGCACCACCGCGACCGGCUUUACAGCGCAGUACGUGGCUAUCCCGUAAACAACGACAUACAAGAGGGGGACAUGACGAUCGAAGCCAAGUCCUUGCAGUUUGAUCACAUGCACCUAGAUGUCAUCAGUAUCGGUGCACCGGCAUCAAUAAAGAGAUAUUGCAACAAUU